UAUGUAGCAAGUACCUUUAUGCAGAGUGAAUUUUUCUUCUUCCUUCAAUCACGGCCAUGUCUCUCCCAAUCAUGGCAAUAGUACUACUAGGCUUAUUCUGCAAAGACAUAAGCUUUGUCCUUGGGGACAUAGGCACAGCUACUUCUUAUGGUCCACCCUACAUACCUACCAAGUGCAAUGGCAACAGGGAAGAACAAUUCCCCCCGGGAAAUCUAUUUGUUGCGGUGAGCGAAGGUUUGUGGGAUAACGGGGCUUCCUGUGGGAGGCGUUACAGAUUGAGGUGCCUCAGUGGCAACAAUAAACCGUGCAAGGAUGGUACCAUCGACGUUAAGGUGGUGGAUUUUUGCUCGAAAAGGCCAUGCCCUUCCACCAUUGUCAUGUCAAACGAUGCUUUUGCAGCCGUCUCACGUUCUCCUAAUGCAAAAAUCAACAUCGAAUAUAUUCAGAUUUGAUGCAAAUGCACUCAUAUAUAUAUAUAUAUAUAGUACUUAUCGGUGUGACUACAAAGUUCAGCAUGUGUUAGAAGCUUGAAAGAGUGGCUUCAAAGAUUACAAGACCCGUGACAUAGUUAGACAAGUAGCUGAGUGAUCUUACUUGUAAUUUUUGUAGCAAACAGUUUGAGUUGUAUGUUUUUUUUUAGUUAACCCGGGGUGUUCGGGAAGGCACAAUCCCUUAGGCCCCUCAACAAUCUGACUAAUUUCCGAGAAUCCGAAAGGGUGCCUCUCAAACCGGCCGGUAUCAUGUAAUAGUUUUCAAUAAGAAAGGAAUACAGAAUAUUGUGAAA